CCCUCGCUGACUCCCAUCGCCGACGACCGCACGCAUCUUUUUUUUUUUCCCCCUUUCCCUCUUCUCAACGGUCCCGCGACGGGUUUGAUUGCCGCUGCCUCCAAUCUCCGACCGGGACGUUCUCUUCUCCCGGGCUCCCUCUCUCUCUUUUUCUCUCUCCAAACUCUUCUACUCCGAUCGAUAGGUCGUCAUGAAACCCUCGAAGAAGCAGAGCAAGAAGAAGUGGAAGCCCUCUUCCGCCUCUCCCCCUAAACCCGCGGCGCUUGGAGGCGGAGAUGAUUCUCGAAUCGUAAAGGAAGAGAAGGGAGAAGGGGAGGAUGAGGAAAGAAGAGCCUUAGAUUGGUUGAUGGAUGCUUUUGCUUCGGUUUCUUUGGACCAGGUCAAGUCGGCAUUUCGGGAGGCAGGUGGGGAUCCCUAUAAGGCGGCUGGGAUCCUGGGGGCUCAUCUCGAGGACCCCGGUGAGGGAUCGGCGGCGAGCCCUGCCACGAAUGGCGCGAAGAAGGGUCUCAGGGGGAGCCGGAAGCAGAAGAGGGUUGCGGCAGCGACGGGCAUGAUUUCGGAUGUGAUUGGGAAGGGAUACUUGAAGCCUUCGGCGUUCUGUGGCGAAGGGAGGAGGAGGAGUGAUGGGUCCGUAGAGGCAAAAGGGGCCGUGAAGCGGCUUUACGGUGUUGAAGAGGCGGAGGAGUUUCUAUAUUCGAUGCUUGGAGAAAGCUCUGAGCUUGGCAUGGGUGUGGUCAAGGAUGUGCUAGGUCAAUGUGGAUGCGAUGUUGAAAAGGCCCUGGAUGCCCUUCUUCAUAUAUCAGCUUCCUCCUAUAACCAGGAAAGGAGUUGUGAUACUUAUUCAAAAGCUUGCAUGAAUUAUUUAGGUAUCUAUACUGAAUUAUCCAGCAACAACCAUUCAGAGAAAAAUAGAAGUUCAUUUCAGUCAACAGAUAAGACAUCAGAGUCAACAUACCAUCCAUCUGAAAAAGAACAUGACCUCCUACAGUAUGUAGGAUAUGAUUGCAGGGACUACAAAAAGGUUUGCACAGAAUCUGAGGUGCCACCACCUUCCAGAUUGGAAAGAACGGAACCAGAUCUCCAACAAAAGGUUUUGCAAUCUUUGUUUAAUACCCCUGAUCAUCCCAAAUACGAACCAAAUCUUAUGAACUGGAAAAAGGUAGUAGAGAAAGUGGAAUCGUUUGGGCAAGGGUUGGAGUUUUGUUCUCCCAGUGUUACUGACACACAACAGAAAGGCAAAAAUGGUAAAGAAGAUACUUAUCAGGUAUUCCGAAGUGGUGCAAGGAAGCAUUGGGAGAUGAUGAGAAGCUACUAUCAGCAAGCUUCAAUAGCAUAUUCAAGAGGAGAACGAGAUCAUGCAUACCAUCUUUCAGAGAAGGGGAAAUUUUACCGUGAUUUGGCCCGUGAGGCAGAUGAGAAAGCCGGUCGGGAGAUUUUUGAAGCGAGAAAUAGAGAUAUAAAGAACAUCGUAACUAUUGAUUUACAUGGGCAACAUGUCAAACAAGCAAGUAGACUUUUGAAGCUCCACCUCCUAUUAUUUGUAUAUAUUCCCUCUGUCCAUUUUCUCAAAGUUAUCACCGGACGUGGUGUGGAUGGUGUUGGAAAUGGAAAGGGAAAAUUGAAGCAAAUGGUACUUGGUCUUGCGGAGAAGGAAGGUAUCAAAUGGAGAGAAGAGAAUGCAGGAGCCAUAGUCCUGCAUAUAGACGGGCUGAAGGAGUACGGUUUCAUGGAUUGUGAUACUGAUGAUUUCGAGUAAAAUCAACUUCAGUAACAUGGAGAGGACUUGAUGGUUAUGGUAACGUUGUACAUUAAGAUCUUGCACAAACUUCCAGCAAAAUAUUCAGGGCCUGGCAAAAUGAACCUCAGAAUCUUGCUCGCAUGUAAUAUGCUCACAAAGUGAGCAGCAUUAUUUGUAAGUGCAAUAUCACUACGGAUCAUGGUUCGGUCGUUCAGUUGUGACACUCAGCAUUGAUAUCUGCACUAGAUCUGACUCAAUGGGAAAAAUCAGAAUGUAUUUUAUGUCUGUUUUUGGUGGGGGAGGAGGGGAGCAACAUGAUCACACCAUCCUAGAAUAAAUAGAACCACUGGUAUCACCAUG